CACACACACACUACUACUACUAUAAAAAACCAAAGUUAUCUCAGUUUCUCACUUGCUCAUACCACUACAAAACUCACAAAAUUUAGUAAAGGAAAAAAACCCAACUCAAAGUUAAAAGAUAAAAAAACUUCAGUCAAAUCAACAAAAUUUUGACUGAAGAAUAUUUGUCAAAGAAUCUCCAGAACAUUUUUCAGAAAACCUCUUAAUCAACAAUCUUUUUUACAUAUAUCAUCAUCAUAUAUUCUUCCUUUUCUCAUCAAGAUUCCACCUUUAACUUUUAAAAAAAAAGAUGUAUCAAAUUCCAAGUUUUUAUGAACUAGGAAGCACAUGUUCAGAUUCAUACAAUAAUUUUCUUCAUGGGAUAAUAAACUCAUCAUCGGGUGAAAUGUUUAAUAAUGUGGAAAGUUCAAGUGUUAGUCCAAGAUCAAUGGCUGAAGCUAAAGCAAUUGCAGCUAAUAAGAGUCAUAGUGAAGCUGAAAGAAGGAGAAGAAAAAGAAUCAAUGGCCAUCUUGCUACUCUACGAACCCUUCUUCCUAACACUGUCAAAACAGACAAGGCAUCUUUACUAGCAGAGGCAGUAAGGUGUGUGAGAGAGCUAAAAAAGACGACAUCAGAACUAGGAGUAACAACAAUGUCCGACGACGACGACAAUGACGAUGAUCACACAACAUUAGUGAAGAAAUUAAUGUUUCCAAGUGAAUCAGACGAAUUAAACAUAAGUUACUGCAAUAAUAGUAGUGAUUCUGAUGGAACAUUAAUAAUAAAAGCAUCAAUGUGUUGUGAGGACAGGCCAGAAAUUAUGAUGGAUUUAAGAAGGGCAUUGAGUACUGUACAAGGGAAAGUGGUUAGAGCUGAAAUGUCAACAGUUGGAGGAAGAAUUAAGUGUGUUUUGUGGCUAGAAAUGUUAGAAAGUGGGUGCAAAGAAGGGCUAUUAGUGCAAUUGAGAAGAGCAUUGAAAGUGGUUAUGGACAAGGCUAAUUUUGGCCCACAAAAUAUGGGCCAGGAUUUGUUGGGGAACAAACGUCCUCGUUUAUUAGGGGGACCAAUGAAUUAUGUUUGAAAAGUUGGACAACUCUAGCGAGACAAAGAUUUGUGGACAUUAUGAUGAGAGAGUGCAGAAUGAUGUUAAUUGUGGCAAAGAAAAGGUAAUAGGGGUUAAUUUUAGUUUCCUUUUUUGUGAGUUUGUUUGUCGUUUUGUUUGUCUUGUUCUUUGAGUGUUUUUGUAUAAUUCUUUUUUCUUCUUUGGAUUUGAGUUAAGUGAGUUUUUGCCUAUCCUACUUGGAUUUUGGAGUAGCACUUAAUUAAGUUGUACUUAAUCCUAAUGUAGAUGGAGUUUUAUGAGUAAAAAUGGCGUCAGCUGGCUACAUUUUAGUCCGCUUUUUAAUGUUCA